AUGGGAGCAGGGGCCAGCGCUGAGGAGAAGCACUCCCGUGAACUGGAGAAGAAGCUCAAGGAGGAUGCUGAGAAGGAUGCCAGGACCGUCAAGCUGCUGCUGCUGGGAGCAGGAGAGUCAGGGAAGAGUACCAUCGUCAAGCAGAUGAACUGUGGGGACGAUGCCCGCAAGCUGCUGCACCUCUCGGACACCAUCGAGGAGGGCACCUUGCCCAAAGAGGUGUCAGACAUCAUCGGGCGGCUCUGGAAGGACGCGGGCAUCCAAGCCUGCUACGACCGCGCCUCCGAGUACCAGCUGAACGACUCAGCCGGAUACUACCUGUCUGACCUGGAGCGUCUGGUGACCCCCGGCUACGUCCCCACGGAACAGGACGUACUGCGCUCUCGUGUCAAGACCACCGGUAUCAUCGAGACCCAGUUCUCCUUCAAAGACCUCAACUUCAGGAUGUUCGACGUGGGUGGCCAGCGCUCGGAGAGGAAGAAGGGGAUCCACCGCUUUGAAGGGGGGCCCUGCAUCAUCUUCAUCGCGCCCCUCAGGGCUNGAGACUGUGUCCCUUCACAGAAUCGCAUGCACGAGAGCCUGCACCUCUUCAACAGCAUCUGCAACCACCGUUACUUCGCCACCACCUCCAUCGUCCUCUUCCUCAACAAGAAGGACGUCUUCACGGAGAAGAUCAAGAAGGGCUUCCCCGACUACGAUG